AUGGCGACAUUCAAUAAUGCCAAUAAGACUUUUUAUUUUAACCAAAAUGCAUCACAAGGUUUCCGACAAAUUCCAAUUAAUGUCCCAUCGGCCAAGCAAAUUUCCCUUUCAAUGAGGAUACAAGAAAAACAAGAAGAGUAUAAUAAUCUAAUAACUCUCAAAAAGACAUCACAAGAGUUUGCGGAUUAUUUUAAUUCAAGAAGCGUUACAACAGAAUCAAGAGCCAGUUGUCGUACGCAUUCCAAUGAAUUAGAUUCAGAUAUUUUAUCAUUUGAAAUUUGA